AUGUUAAAGACUAAAGAGCAUCUGUUGGGGUAUUUCCUAUAUAAACCACACCUCCUCAUUUUCCUCCUUCGCAUCAAAGAGGCUUUUAUUUCUCCAACCAAUACCUCUUUUUCUAGGCGGGCUCAAACAAAAAGUUGUAACUUAACAUAUUCACCAACAUCAACAAUGGUCAUUCCAAAGACAAUCAUUCUGCAAAUCGAUCAGUUUUGUAAUUGUGACGGAUGCAUACAAAAGGUGAAGAAUACGUUUUGUGAACUUGGUGGUGUCAAAUUGUUAGAAAUGAACCCAGAGAUAGGUAAAUUCAUCAUCUCGACUACUAAACACUCAGAUGUGAUCAAAUACGCUUUAGAGCGUACAUUUUCAAAGAAAAAAGUCAUUCUCUUUGAAAACCCUAAGCAUCCAUGUCAACCUCCUAUCCACAACCAUCAAAAUGUGAUAAUUAAUCAUAACCAUAUUUAUCAAGUACCUUCUUCGAUUACUACCAAUGCAUAUGAUGUGGCUAAAGUGUUGGCGACAACAACUCAUGCUAAAGGACUACAAAGUGUGGAGAUCACACAUAUGAAGCUCAACUUCAACAACUUUGAGAACCGACCAAGCCUUAGAUCAAGACAUGCAAUCAACAAUGUUACUCCACCAUUGAAACCAAAAAAUACAAGACAUGCAUGCAUGACCUCUACAAAUAAUUGCAAUGGCAUCACCUCCACAACAACCAUCUCGACUAAGGAAUGACAAGCAUUACUUUGACAAGGUGGGAAUACCAAGCCAUGAACUUCAUCAGUCCCACAACUCAAAAUACAUCAAGUUCAUGAGAAUUCUCUCAAAAGAGUUUCUAUAAUAUCUUCAAGAAUAAAUAUAGUGUUUGGGUUUCCUUUUAUCAUGUAUUAUAGUUUUGAUUUCUAUUUAUUUUAUCUUAUUGUUCUUAUACUUGUGAUUUGGGAUGCAUAAAGGAUGUA